AUGGUGCGACAGAAUCCACGCGACAGGUCGAAGCUAACUAUACCCAGUCAGUGGACCUUCAACGACCCCUACAUGUCACAGGAACACCUUCACAUAUAUGUCACCAUUGCUCAGAACGCCAAAUCUGGUUGUGAGUCAUUGGUAUAUGCCGAAGACCUCUCGCGAAAUGGUGUGUAUUGGAAUGAUUCAUUGAUGGGCAAGAAGAACAAUGCAUUUCUUUUGAGUGACGGCGACCGACUCCGGUUGACUUCAAAAACGACCCUAGUUUACCAGUCAACAAGUGGGCCAAAUCCACAUUUCGAUCUUGUGCAGGAGCAGGAGAUGAAGACUAGGCAAUCCAUUCAUCUGCCACGAUCUGCUGCAGAGGUCGAGACGCGAAAGGAGAUUGAGGCGUUCCGAACGUGGGCCGAAGAACAAAAGCGCAUGGUCACCACUGAGAGGAAACUUGCAGCAUAUCUUCGGCAGAACAAGAUCUUAUCCACCUUGACGCACCCAAACAUAAUAUCCUUCGAUAAAAUCCUACUCAGUGACAACAGCCUGUACAUGUUCCAAGAUCUCGCCACUGCAGGCAACCUUAUGUGUUAUCUCGAAGUCAAUAAUCACAAAUUGACUGAGUUGGGAAUCGCAGCACUUAUCCGACAGAUCUUGCUGGCUGUGGAGCAUCUACACGAAAGAAACAUUGUACACCGAAACCUGAGACCCGAACAUAUUUUGUUGAUGAAUCGUGCAGUUGGAGCAAGAGUGGUAUUGACCGGCUUCAGUUCUGCUCGGAAGAUUGUACUCACACGAUAUUCGAGCGCGGCGGAAGACGCGACUCGAGCUGCACACCAAAUGGACAGCCUGAAAAGAACGGAUAUGUGGUCGGUUGGUAAUAUUCUAAUCCUGUUAGUUUCUGGCCUCAAUCUAUUCGAGGACGACUGCCUCGACAAUCGAGCAAUGCGUAAUGCCUUGCACUCCUUCGAACAUUCGCCAGAAUGGAAAGGAAUAAGUGGUCAACUUCGACAAUUUGUCAAAUGUCUCUUGACUGACGACGGUUGUGAAGCCACGACCGCAAAACAAGCACUUGCACAUCCUUGGCUCUCCAAAGAGUACCACAAGAUCGACUUCGAAGAGCUUGAUAAGGGCAGCAGGCAAUGCUGGCAACCACGAGCACCAGACUUUCCUAUCGUUGAGUUCAUCAAGGGCAUGAGCUUUCGUGUCAAGAGUCUUGACUGUGUCGCAAGUGAUGAGAUAGGGAGUCGUUCGUCAAGGACGAAAACGAACGUCCCGGUCGAGCCGCCUUACAAACCUUUCUACUACAAGUUCCACAGUCAGGUCAAUAAUUGGAGUUCUAAAAAGCGAUCAUACAGCGAGACCGUUGAGGAACUUCAAAAGGCGAACGAGGACUGGCAACAAAAAGACAAGCCGUCUUUCUGGGUCUCAAAGGAAAACUUGAGACAAGGAGAAUCAGUCUCUAUUGGGUCGGAAGUGACUGAAUGUGAUGACAGAAGGUCUCAAGUGUUGUCUGGGAUGAACAUCAAUUUAUUGGAUGCGAGAUCGUCAAUCGAACCACCUCUACUUCAUCGGUCGGGCUCUUCCGGCGAUCUCACGUUCUGUUUAGGAUCCGUCUCUGCAAUGUCAGCAAUUGCAGAUGGGAAAGCCCCUGGAUCGGCUUCGAGUCUCGCAAGACGACCAUUGCGAUAUGAAGAAGCUGCCUCCAUUAGCGCUCAGCUGCCAAGGGUAAUAGACGUGAACGCACGCUCGUCAUCACUUAAGAAUCAAAGUGUCUAUCCUGCUGGAGCACCAUCCUAUAGGCAACCAGGGCUAUUCGCUAUGCAGUCCGUCUCGAAGUUGAGACAGCCAUUCCCAUCACCACGCAAGACCUCAGGAAUGACACCUCGCAUGCGAGAGCUUUCGAUCUUCGACAUAGCCACUGAGAAUGACGAAAGUCGGACGAAUCAACCUGAAACUCCGAGGCAAGCUGGUCGAGAUAAGCCAAGAUCGAUCUCGUCGGACUUGACAGUGACGCCGCAUAGUGCUCAUCUCCGCGUGGUGGAGGAGGAUUAA